UGUGUGGGAAUAGAAACAGAGUGAAACCUCUUCACCGCUUCCUCCUCUGUGUUUGAAGAAUGGCUCGAGCACCGGUCACACCUGCCAGGUAACUUCUCUUCACCGGUGAGAAGAAACAACUACAACAACUCAAGUUUUGUAGUGAGGUCGAUACGUUGAAACAACAAAGUUACGGAUUAUUUCGGUUAUGUGAGUAAAAACAGGGAAAAAAUCAACAAAUGUGGCCACAAUGACUUUCACCAACUGUAAGGAGCAUUGCUAACAGUCUGACAGUGCAACAGGAAUUGACUGAAAAGAGAGAAAAUUACGUUUAAAAACAAGAAUGUCUGGACAAGGUAGUUUAAUCUCAGAAGAGGUGGCACUCACACCUGCUGGUCCAACUGUAGAGCCACAAAUAGCAGGAAGUAAAAAGCCAGAGGAUAGUACCGGCAUAGAGGAGAGAGGGGAGGUUACAGAUGAAGAAGAAGACUUAAAAGAGGUGGAGAAGAAAGAUCGAGAAGAGGAAGAAGAAGAAGAGGAAGAGGAGGAGGAAGAAGAAGAAGAGGAGGAAGAGGAGGAGGAAGAAGACGAAGAAGAAGAGGAAGAGGAAGAAGACGAAGAAGAAGAGGAAGAGGAGGAAGAAGAAGAAGAAGAAGAAGAAGAAGAGGAAAUGACCAAAUCUGCCCAUCUGGAGCCCAGCACUCUGCCCUGGUCCGACAAAGACAAGAGGCCUCUGACAGACAGUGAUAAUGGAGUGUGGUCAGGAAAAAUAGUUUCAGAGCCUGAAGAGAGGGGCACGGGGAUCAGUGGAGGAAGCCAGGACCUCUCUGAGGAGCAGAGCCAGGCAGAGAGUGACAGAAAGAGCAAAGCUAAGUGGAGGGAGAGCAUGCCUGAGGGCGAGAGGUGGAGGGACGAUGAGAUCGAGGUGCAGAGGCACGAUAAAGGAGACGGCUCACUGGCAGACGAUGAAGAGGAGGAGGAAGAGGAAGAGGAAGGAGAGUCCCAUUGGAUCUCAGAGAAAGCAGCUCUGGGUUUCACUCCACAAGUCACGAUCGUCCGUCCGUCCAGCAAGGAGCUUCCUGAGGAGAGCAGGCUCUUCAUAGAGAGGGACGAGAAGGAGGAGCCGCAGAUGGAGCCAGACUCAGCGAUGCAGUAUUACCCAGAGUGGACAGAAGAGCAGGAUGACAAGUACUACCUGUGUGAUGAUCUGUGUGGUGAAAAACUGAAGGUGAGUCUGGCGAUGGUGGCCGCAGCGAUCAUCUUCCCUCUCCUGGUUUGGGGAGGUUACGCCCUGCUUCCCUUUGACUCACCGCUGGUGGAGAGCACCCCCAUCAGGGUGGUGUACACACUACGCUGCGCCUUCUUUGCCAUCAUCCCCAUCGUGCUCGGUAUGUUGGUGCUGGGUGUGGCCCGGCUGCGUUACAGCACCCUGAAGCCCCUCUAUGAGAGUAAACUGGUGAACAAAGAGGUGGCGAUCCACUGGCACUUUGUCCACGAAUCGCUGGCCCUCUUCCUCUUCUUCUUCCUGCAGCUUGCUGUCAUGGCAACCUACAUCAGCCAGGACCUGGUGAAGCUGGUGCCGCUGCUCACCAUCAUAUUUGUUUUUGGCAGGCUCAUCUACUGGCUCUGCCUCUGUCUGGGCAGCAGCAUCAGGGGCUUCGGCUUCGGCCUCUCCUUUCUCCCCAUACUGGUGAUGCUGGGCACCAACCUGUACUUCGUCUGCUCAUCGGUCGGACAAGGGGCGAUUUUCGACAUUGAACCGCCUACAACAGCUCCUCCUCCCAGGCAGCGCUUUUGGGGUUAAAAGGGCGACCUCCAAAAAGACGAUGAGGAGUUAAAAGACUGCAAAAACCUUUUUAACAUCACAACACUCGAUGAUUUGAUAUAUGUGGUUACCAUGGUAAGAGCAAGUGCAUUUUAAGUGCAGUUUAACACUACAGUAAACACUCCCGGAGCAGCUGUUUUGCCAGAAAUACAACAUGAUACAAAUAAUGGCUCACUGUGGCCACUCUUUGUUCUGUCCCCUGUAAAAAUGAUAAAAUUACUUUGACAUACAUUACAUUUCCUGUGGCUGUGUCACAUUAAAAGCCACCGCAUGAGAGAGAGCAAACAGAAAACAGUCAGGCUGUCAUCAAUGGUUUUACAUGCAUGCAUCAUUUCUGGUCACUCCCUUGUGUCUAUAAAAGCAAUCUGAAUCACAAGAAUGGCACGAGCAAUAAAAACUGCUAUAUAGAGAGGUGUUAAUGCAAUGUGAAUACAUGUAAUGGCUGUUGCAGAAGACAAUGCCUAACAUAAAUAGUAUGAUGGUUUGAUUUCAUGAAAAGCUCAAGGAUUACAACUUUUAGUUUUGAAUAAUUUCUUUGUUCAAAGAUAGUAGAUUGUAGGCUGAAAAAAACAGUUUACAGUACAUACACCAGUAAAGCUCUUAUCUGCGUGUAAAUGAAAGAUAAAAGAUAUAAAGCUUCUCCUGACCACAUCUCUGUACAGUGUGUUUACUUGGAUUUCACUGAUCUUCCAUUACAACCCUUUAAACAGUCUGCUUCUUCUUACUGUCUGCGAAUGGAUGUGAUGCAGAAUGAAGAGAGAAAAGUGACAUGAAAACUGUCAGCACAGAAUCAAGUCAGUAUAUCAGUCAGUAAAUAGGGUAUUUUUUUAUAUGAAUGUUGUUGUCACAAAGCUGGUAUUAAUGGUUUAUAUUUAUAUCAGAGAGUGUAAAAUGUAUCUUUGUUUUAUUGAUCAAAGCUUUUCUUUGUUUCUAGCAGCGUUAGUCGUCGGGCUGUUUGUGGACAGUUUCUUUUCUUUC